UAGCUUUAAGAACACGGGAAACCCGCCCGAAGUUUCCUCCUCCAUACAGGGCAGGGCAGCCUACAUUUAUUUUCCCACUUCUCGCACAUAUAUCUAUCUAUCUAUCUAUUCUUACCUAUCCAUUUCCUCAAUCUAAUCUCAAUUCUCCUUCUUCUUCUUCGUCUUCCUAGGUUUCGAUCUGUUCUAUGGACGAUCAUCCCGAAUGGAGGGAGGAGGCGGCGCCACAGAAGGGCUACGCUAUGAGCGGAAAGAUUAUGCUCAGCGCCAUCGUCGUUCUCUUCACCGUCGUCGUUUUCAUGGUGGGCCUUCAUCUCUACGCCAGAUGGUAUCUUCUCCGCGCCCGCCGCCGCCACCUCGAGCGCCGCCGACAGCGCCGCGCCAGCCGCUCCCAGCUCGUGCUCAUUUCUGAUUCUCGACAGUUACAGGCGGCGGCCGAUCGUGGCUUGGAUGUCACGGUGCUUAAUUCCCUUCCCGUGUUUCUCUACUCCUCCGGCGCGGCGGAGGAGGCGGCGGUGGAGUGCGCCGUCUGCCUGUCGGAGUUCGAAGAAAAAGAAAUCGUGCGGCUCUUGCCCAAGUGCAGACAUAGAUUUCACGUCGAGUGUAUCGGCAUGUGGUUCCAUUCGCACUCCACCUGUCCGCUUUGCCGGUCGCCGGUGGAGAAGGUGGAGGAGAGCCGCUCCAAACCGGCGGAGGAGGGAAACUCCGGCGAUCGGGGGAAGGUGGGGAUAAGCAUCGAUGUUCCGGCGAGGGUCGUGCCGGAGAACGAAUUAAGCCAGAUCUCGCCGGCGAGCCGGCUGUCGGCUCUGAGAAGAAUUCUGAGCAUGGGACGUAAGUCGCCCGCCGCCGGGGGGUCAACGACUGCGCGUGGGGCGGGGGCCGGGUCGAGCCGAGUAGCCGCCGAGUUGGAUUUGGAGAGCGGGCCGGACGAACCGGAUCCGGCUCAGGUAGGGAGAGAAAAGGUUGAGAUGUGAUGUGAUGUGAGUCAACGUCGUAGGAAACAACGUGGUAAUUUCGUGGCAAAGAAACGACAUUAUAGUACACAUUUUAAAUAUCCCUUUUUAUUUUUUUAUAUGGAAUUUGUACAGUACGAGAAUUCGAAAUUAUUCUUUAUAUUUUGUUUUUUUUCCCUUAUAUAAAUGUGGUGUUUUUUAUU